UCCCUUCCCAGGAAAACCUGCUCUGGCCUCUGCAGUUCAGGCCUCUGUGUCUCCCAGGCAAAGGGGACAGCAGGGAGGAACAAGGCCUGAGCCAGGAGAUGGGAAGUGGGCCCUAUCUGAGCUGUUUCUCUUCUGUUUCUGGGCUUGGUGUGACUGUGGCUACCCUUGCCUUCUCUGCCUGUGUCCUCACCUGUCACCUUAGUCCGGGGGUUGUGUGAGCUCCAACUGACUUAACCCUUCACGCUGCUUGUCUGUGAGCAGGCUCUGUGCCCCGGGCUGGGCGUGCAGCCCAGAGCCACGUGGUCCAGGGUAGCUGCUCGGCAAGGCAGGCCGGCUGAUGCUUUCUUGCAGGAAGGGUAUCCCGCGGGCUAGCCCGUUGGCUCUCCAGGCUUUAUUCCAUAAGCAGAAGUGGACCCUCCUUUCCUCUGAGCGCAGCCCGCAGUGCCUCCUUCCGAAGGCCAGGGAACAGCGGAGUUCUCGGGCUGGCCUAGGCAACUUGGAACAAGACCGCUUCGGAGCCAGCCCCGCCCUCCCCCACCCGCCAGGUCCCCUGCCUCCACGACUGCCCAGGACAGGCUGGGAUCCUCUGAACUGAGGGGACAGGAAAAAGGAGGGUGAGCGGUGAGCAACAGCCACGGAGGCGCUGGGGUCGGACCCCGGGGCUGGAAAGGACGGCGCUGUGAGUCACCCACCCCACCUGGGCUCACGGCCCCAGCCCCGAGGGCGGUGGGCGGGACUCGUCCGCUCACGGGUGGGGCGCUUAGUGGGCGUGUCGGAUCCGCCUCCCGCCCCCGCGCCCCGCCCCGGGUCGUCCCUACUCUUGGGUCCCGCGGCCCCGGCCGCCUUCCCUUCCCGGCUUUCUGCAGUCUCUCCGCUCCUGGACCUCCCGCGCGUCCGCCCAUGGCCGGGAAGGUGCUGUCCCUGCUGCCUCCGCUGCUGCUCGCCGCGGCAGGCCUCGCCGGCCUCCUGCUGCUGUGCGUCCCCACACGCGACGUCCGGGAACCCCCCGCCCUCAAGUACGGCAUUGUCCUAGACGCCGGCUCUUCCCACACAUCCAUGUUUGUCUAUAAGUGGCCAGCAGACAAGGAGAAUGACACAGGCAUAGUGGGCCAGCACAGCUCCUGUGAUGUUCAAGGUGGGGGCAUCUCCAGCUAUGCAGACAACCCUUCUGGGGCUGGCCAGAGUCUUGUUGAAUGCCUUGAACAGGCGUUGCAGGAUGUGCCCAAAGAGAGACAUUCAGGCACACCACUCUACCUGGGAGCCACAGCGGGCAUGCGCCUGCUCAACCUGACCAAUCCAGAGGCCUCAGCCAAUGUGCUUGCAGCAGUGACACGGAUCCUGACCCAGUACCCCUUUGACUUCCGUGGUGCACGCAUCCUUUCAGGCCAGGAUGAGGGGCUGUUUGGCUGGGUGACUGCCAACUACCUGCUGGAGAACUUCAUCAAGUACGGCUGGGUGGGCCGGUGGUUCCGGCCAAGGAAGGGGACGCUGGGGGCCAUGGACCUGGGGGGUGCCUCCACACAGAUCACCUUUGAGACAGCCAGUCCAGCUGAGGACCAAGACAAUGAGGUCCAGCUGCGGCUCUAUGGCCAGCAUUACCGCGUAUACACCCACAGCUUCCUCUGCUAUGGCCGAGACCAGAUCCUCCAGAGACUUCUGGCCAGUGCCCUCCAGAUGCAUCGCUUCCACCCCUGCUGGCCAAGAGGCUAUUCCACACAAGUGCUGCUCCAGGAUGUUUACCAGUCACCGUGCACCAUGGCCCAGCAGCCCCAAACCUUCAACAGCAGUGCCAGGGUCAGCUUAUCUGGGACCAGUGACCCAGCCCUCUGCCGUGACCUUGUCUCUGACCUCUUCAGCUUCUCCUCCUGCCAAUUCUCCCGAUGUUCCUUCAAUGGGGUCUUCCAGCCCCCCGUGGCUGGGAACUUUAUUGCCUUCUCUGCUUUUUUCUACACCGUGGACUUCCUGAGGACUGUGAUGGGGCUGCCAGUGGCCACCCUACGGCAGCUAGAGGCAGCUGCAAUGACUGUCUGCAACCAGACCUGGGCUGAGCUGCAGGCUCGGGCACCAGGGCAGCAGGCUCGCCUGGCCAACUACUGCGCCGGGGCCAUGUUCGUGCAGCAGCUGCUGAGCCGGGGCUACGGCUUUGACGAGCGCGCUUUCCGCGGUGUGGCCUUCCAGAAGAAGGCGGCGGACACGGCGGUCGGCUGGGCGCUCGGCUACAUGCUAAACCUGACCAACAUGAUUCCCGCGGACCCGCCGGGGCUGCGCAAGGGCACCGACUUCAGCUCUUGGGUCGUCCUUCUGCUGCUCUUCGCCACAGCUCUCCUGGCCGCGAUCGUCCUACUGCUGCGCCAGGUGCGCUCCGCCAAGUCGCCGAGCGCCAUCUAGGGGCGGGCGGGUGCAGCUACCCACCUCUGCCCCCUCAUCCUUAUACGCCACCCCUGCAUCCCCCAUUCCUCCACUCUACCCUCGCCAUCCCACCACGCCGCUUUCUACCCUCGCCGUCCCACCACCCCUCCACCCCACUCCCUGCAUCCUCAUCCCUCCCUUGCCAUCCCACCACUUCUCCACUCCACUCUCACUGUACCCCCACCCAAUCCCUCCCUUCAUCCCUCCACCCCACCCUUAGCAUCUCUGCCUCUAAGGCAGCCCAGGGCACUGAGACUGAGACCGCCUGGACCCACAGGGGGCCGGUGUGGUGAUCUCUGGCCUCCCACUUUCCCUGGGAAGUGAGGGGUCCAGCACGCUGCCCAGUGGUUGCCGUCCCAAUGGCCUCCUGCCUGUGUCCCAGCUGCAGGCUCGGGCACCAGGGCAGCAGGCUCGCCUGGCCGACUACUGCGCUGGGGUCAUGUUCGUGCAGCAGCUGCUGAGCCGGGGCUACAGCUUCCAGCCCUCUCUGGCCCCCUCCAACCUGGGCUGCUUCUCAGGCUUU